CCUGUCCUGAGGCAGACAGGAGUAAGAACAAACGCACCAACAGCAGCAAUCAUGCCGAGGCAAUCAAAUCAGGAGUGGGUCCGGUUAUCCAUGCGCACCCCGGGCAUCCUGAUCUUCGGGAUGGUUUUCGCUCCCUGCGGCUUGCUCCUGGACCUGAUCGCCACCGUGGCCCCAAACUGGAGGACCCUCAACAACCUACCCAACAUCCCGAGCACCCAGUACAUCGAGCAAGGCAUCUGGGACAUCUGCAGUGCCAGCACAGUCAGCACGCAAGUGACGUGCAACCAGCAGGACACCCUAUAUUUCAACAACCAGAUCAUCCCGAUCGCCAAGGGCUUGAUGGUGGCCUCUCUCAUCGUGACUGUAAUCGGGCUCUGCGUAGCCAUCCCUGGGGUCCGCUGCUGGAAAGACAGACCUAACUGGAUAGUGGCCGGCCUUGGCGGAAUUUUGAUAUUCCUCUCAGGCGUCAUGACCAUCAUUCCCAUCGCCUGGUACACCCAUAUCCUAACCAACAUCUCAACGGUGACCUCGCAAACAAAUGUGCAGGUCGGCUACUGCAUCGUCCUGGGCUACAUCGGCGGGAUAUUUGAGAUCUUGGGCGGGUUCGUCAUGUUCAUCGGGAUCUGCCGUUGCUGCGGAGGUAAGAACCGAGGGGAGACUCGGGUUGAAGAGCUCACGAGCGGCCGGUUCAACCACCAGAAGGCGCCGCCGAGACGAGUAGAAGUGCCAAACAUUAACCGGGCCAGGAGCCCCGCAAGGAGCACCGCCAGCAGCAGCGUAGCAUACUCCAGGGACUCCAUGGAUGAUGAUGUGUCUUUCCCCCGGGCCAAGAGCCCCGCACCCCGGACAGUCAAUCCGGGCUACAGCAGAAGACCCUAUGAUGUCGACCUAUAGGCACAUGACCCAAAUCUGGAGACUCAAAACCCCACAGGAGAGGAAAACGACUUGGAGAUAACAAAAGGGACAGAGAGUGGAAAUUAUUAUAGGAAGAAGCUGUAGGAUUCAAGAGAGUACUGUAGUAACAACAGGAGAUCGGAGUCACCACAUUUAUAGUUGAUGUAGAAUUAUUUUGAGGCCAUAAAGGAAUAUUUCUGUGGUACCAAGAGAUCAAAUACAUUAAAUAUUAUGAAAUCACUGUAAACUCACUAUUAAGCAAAGCAGAAUCAUUUAAACGCUUCUUUGGAUAUUAUUGUGUUUCAUCAUUGGGUCAGUAAUACCUGAAGGCAUACAUCUAAAAUAGUGUGUAAUGAUGUGUGAGUGACAGAUCCAUGGGGGACAGGUGAGAUUCAUCAUGGGUUAAGAUGGGUUAUGUUUAAUGCUAACGUCAUUAUAAUACAUUUUAGGUGUAGGCCUCAAGCAGUUAUUGUCAUAUAGGUAACGGUGAGAUUAAUAUUAUAAUGUGAGAAAAUGAAAGGAAGUGCGGAAUUCUGUAUUAUUGUGAGAAAAAUGAUAUUGAGUUGAAGUUUACUGUGGCUGUCUUUUACAUUAUGCGAAUUACACUGAACUCAAUUUAUAAAUAGUUCCCAUCUUUAAGGAAGGUUGUUUUGCAUUUUCUUUCUGUGUACAGUAUUUUUGUUAAAUGUAAAUUCUGCAUUCUAAUGCACUUUACAAAUAUAGCCAACCUUGUAAGAUAACAGGCCACAUGAGGUGAUCAAAUAUCUUCUAAAUGAUCUGUGACACAAGAGCUGU